CCGAGUGUUUUGGAAGGGGAAGACGGGGAUGACCAGUGGAGAGCUUCACAUGCAGAAUUUAGUUAGACUGAAUCGGUUUUAAAUAACGCUUUUCCAAGAAUAUGGUCUGCUGUACGACAGCUUGUGAUUUAAAUUUUUGUUGGGUAUUAGUUCACAAAUGCAGGGGAAGUCAACAAAUAAUCAUCGUGAAAUGACAUUCGCAAAUUUUUUUCUGUGUGUGAUGGAGAAUGAAAGGCGAUCGGGUUUGGUUUUUGAGUUUGAUGACUGCUGGUAGCAACUGCUUUCAAUCGCUACGGAUGCGCAGGUUCUCCUGGAUGGAUCUAGCGGAGCCGAUUGCCUAAGCGGUGGGCCAGAGGCAACAUGGGAUUAUCGGAUCCUCGCCAAUGGUCCAGAAGGUGAAGAACGAAAAGAAGUUUCAAGUGGAAGAAAAAAAAACAGGAGAGUGUGUUUUGAUAAUAAGCUUUUUUGAGUCUCCGAGAGCAACGCCGAGAAACAAAGGCACUGGGCGCACACGUAGCCACACCCACUCCUAGAUCGUUCGUUCGUCGUCCAUCGCUACCCCCUCUAGCCCUUCUGUUUUCAGGAAUCUAGGGUAUUUGCGGUGCAAAUCAGGGGACACGGUGCGUUGUAUGACAGGAAUCUAGGGUAUUUGCGGUGCAAAUCAGGGGACAUGGUGAGUUGUAUGACAGGAAUCUGCUGCCACUGCAACACGGAUCGCCUCUUCGUAAUAUCCGAAGCAAAUGGCUAGGGUGACAUAAUGAUUUACAAAUCAAUCCACCUACAACGCAACCCACGAGAAAUAUUUUCCCGAAUCGUGAUAAUUGUGGUGGUGAGGGCCGCGUAUUCUUGUUCACCAGAGUUUAAUUUUAAAUAUUGUUAAAAAGUCACAUUGCACUGUAGAAAGUCGGCCGUGUUGUCGUUUGUUCGUUCAUCCGUCACCUGGGCCAGUUCAUAUUCCUCGCCUCUUGAAAGUGGUUCAGUGGAAGGCAGGCUUUAUCUCCCAGUUGCGUGCUGCUGGUGUCGAGGCGAGAGUUGUGCGCGUGCUCCAUGCCGCUCGCCGCUGGCUGCGCAGACAACAGACUCACCACCGAAUCCGUCUCGAGUGGCCUGCACAGAUCUUGUGGGAGAUUUAGCUAAAUUUUUGUACUUACGAUUGUUUGUAUGAAUUUAGUGUGGUACUCUCCGGCGAGCGUGGGGCAUCUUUGUUUUCUUCGCACAAGGUGCAGAGCGAAGCAGCUUCGGAUUUUGUCUCAUUUUGGUGGCGAGCUAGUUACCUUAUACUGCAGAGUUGGAGUGAAUGCUAGCCACAGCAGGAACGACCUUCUACCAUGCGUUAUCGAUUGAUAUGAAUCUGGGAGCGGCAAUUCUCUCCCUCGUGAUGCCAUUGUCAACACAGCUGCGCAGUCGUCUGCAGUGACUUUUGAGUCGUGCUCUUGCCCAGCCUUUCUGCUAGUCGCAUUUGCAUUUUUCCACUAGGUAGUGAUUGAGAUCAACCUCUAGAACGAAUCCUUGAAGGAAUCCAGACAGGUUGCUGUUGUAAUUGGGGGAGAUAGCGAGAUCGGGAGGGAGACAGAAAUGACCCCAGGAUUUAAUAUACCACCUUCUCUUCCUUUACAUAGUAUUCACAAGGGUGUCGUAGCCUUCUCGUGAAUCUUGUGGUCAUCACUCACUCUUCAUUACUUUGCACAUUAAUGCAUAGCUGAAGUUUACAUCUCCUCCCUAGUCGUGUCUGCGGACUCUGCCUUUAAGCGUGACUGUUCUCGUUAUCACUACUCGAAGACACCAUUUGAAGCGAUCCUUCCGUAGCAGUUGCUGGGAGACAACUAAGAUUCUGAAAGUGCUUUCAAGCUUAUCCUUGUGUGCGACGCACAUUCUAGUCUAUUUACUGGUCGAUAAAAAUGGUACUCUGGGUUUUUGGCUAUGGCUCUCUAAUAUGGAAUGCGGGUUUUGAAUAUGAGGAGCGUGUGGUAGGGUUCAUCAAAGGCUACACACGUGUUUUCAAUCAAGCCAGCACUGAUCACAGAGGUACACCUGAGUACCCUGGACGGACGGUCACGUUGGAGCCACAAGAAGGUGAACGGACAACGGGUUGUGCCUUCAAAAUCUCAGGCUAUGAAGCUGAACAACUAGUACUCUCGUAUCUUGCGAUACGAGAGUUUGAGUACGAUGUACAGGCUUUCGUCGACUUCUACACAGAGGAGUCCCCUAACAAACCAGCUAUCACUGGAGUUCUUGUAUAUAUUGGAUCCCCUGACAUGUUGAAGAAUCCGUAUUACUUGGGGCCAGCUCCCCUAGGAGACAUGGCGAACCAAAUAGCCACGGCGUCGGGCCCUGCCGGUCCAAAUUUCGAAUAUUUGUUUCGGCUAGAGAAGUCCUUGUAUGCAAUUGGUUGUGUGGAUGAGUAUAUCAUCGAGCUCGCAAAUGAGGUUCGAAAGGUUAUAGAGGAGUAUGAGCAAUGGCAGCUGAAAGAUUUCAAGAAAGGGAACCUGGCAAAGAUAUACGAGAAGAGUUUCGACGAUCGAACGCUGUUGCAGAACUGUGUUGGAAUUGCCUCAUAGCACCAAAGUAGACAUUCUUUUAUAUUCUAGCUAUAAUAGACGGUGCCAAUAACCUCACGUUCCGUAUAAUUGGAUGAGAGACAUGUGGGUAUCCAUUCUAUCCUCGCUGUUCCUAACCUUUUUUCUAAGAGCAGUAUCCAAUGAAUAUAACACAAUUUAUUAAAUCAUGGACAGUUAAUGAUCUAACUAGCUUAGCUUUUAACCUAUUUGUUUAGCAGCUAACAUGUUUUAGAGUAGCUCAAAGCGUCCAGACAUGUGAUUGUCUUCGGAGGCCAAGUGCUCUUGGCUUUUGUAAUGUAUGUAAAUAAAUGGAGAAACUGAUUAAAUUGGAAACA